CGUUCAGUGUCAACUGUCAACCGUGUCUUCUUGAUUUGGGUCGUGUUGACUUGGAAGUUGGAACCGACGCCACAUACACACGGCGAGAGCCAACACAGCAACACACCACCUGCUCGCUGCUCGGCAUGCACGAAGAAGCUGCGAUCAUGCCGGCGUCGCCCUGCUGCCUCGCUGUCCGCCGCCGCGCUCCCUUCUUCGCCGUGCUAGUGCUACUGCAACAGCUGGCUCGCUUCCCACCGGCGGCGGCCGUGGCGCGCACCAACCUGACCGCGGGAGCUGCCCUGACGCCGCCCGACUACCUCACAAGUCCGUCGGGCGGGUUCGCGUUCGGCUUCCGCGCCCUCGACGCCGACCCGACCAGGUUCAUCCUCGCCACGUGGUUCCGCUUGGGCGACGGCGACCCCUCGCCCCCGCCGCCGCAGUCCGUGGUGUGGUUCGCGAAGAAGUCGACGGGCGCCACGCCCAACGGCACGGCGCAGUCCGUCCUCAGCAUCACCGCUGAAGGCCAGCUCGUGCUCACCGACGGCGCCAGCAACCAAGUGCUGUGGAAAGCCCCGACGACUACCGGCAUCAUGCAGGCCGCCGGCACCGUCCUCACGCUGACCGAUUCCGGCAACGCCCGGUUCCUCGGCGACGGGGGCGCCGCGCUCUGGGAGAGCUUCUGGUACCCGACGGACACCCUCCUGCCGGGCCAGAUGAUGGUCCCGAGCUCCCAGUACGAUAUGACGUCGGCGAUGCUCUUCUCAAAGCGCGCGGACGCGGAGUUCGCCACCGGCCGGUUCAGCCUGGCGGCGCAGAGUGAUGGCAACGUCGUCCUCUGCAUCGACCUCUACACCGGCGACAUCCGGCAGAACGCCUACUGGGCCACGGGCACCAACGGCCCCGACCCCAACACAACCAUCACCUUCGACGACCAGGGCGGCCUCAACUACACGCUCAGCGACGGCUCCACCCACACCCUGAUUUCGCCGGCGUCGAGCUCCGCCGCCGGCAGCAGUCGCUGCCUCCAGUUCGUCAGGAUGGACCCCGACGGCGUCGUCCGUGCCUACGCCCGCCCUAAAAGCGGCGGCGCGAGCGCGUCCUGGGCCGUGACGGGCGUCCUCCCCGGCGACGGCGGCUGCAACAAGAGGACGUCGGGGAUGCAACACAUGUGCGGCACGGGGUCUUACUGCGUAGAGACCAAAGAACGGCUCAGCUGUCUCUGCCCGGCUGGGUACACUUACAUCGACCCGCAGCAUCAUGACAGCGGCUGCACGCCGGAGUUCGAGCCGCAGAUCUGCGGCGGGGGGGACUCUGGGGACAACGGCUCCGACCAGUUCUCGAUCGUGGAGCUGCCGAACACCACCUGGGACAUGGACAUGUACAAGAAGAUCCCGUCGGUAACGGAGGAGCAGUGCCGGGCGUACUGCCUUGGCGACUGCUUCUGCACGGCGGCGCUGAUGGUCGACGGAUCCGUCUGCGUGGAGUUGGGGGCGCUCUCGAACGGACUGCAAGCAAGCGCCGUCACAACGACGGCGCUGAUCAAGGUGCGGACGGGGAACACUCUGGCGGCGAGAACGUCAGCGAUAAGAAGGAGAGCUAUUCUGCGUCCCUACUACAUCGUCACCAUUUGCCUGGGCAUUGUCCUAGCGAUCACCAUCGUCGGCCUUGCGGCACAACAUUAUUACCUCACCAGGAAGAAGAAGAAGAACAGGAACAAAGAGAGCCAGCAGCAGCAGGUGUUGAGCUCGAGCGUGAGAGCGUUCAGCUGGAAGGAGCUCCACCAAGCCACAAAUGGCUUCGACAGGCUGCUGGGCAAAGGGAACUUCGGCGAGGUCUACAAGGGAACUCUGAGAUGGCCGCAGCCACAAGCCAUCGCGGUGAAGAAGCUCGUGGAGUCGAACGAGUACAGCGAGCAGGAGUUCACCAACGAGGUGCAGUCCGUGGGGCAGAUCCACCACCGGAACCUGGUCCGCAUGAUCGGCUACUGCAAGGAAGGCAAGCACCGGAUGCUCGUCUUCGAGUUCAUGCCAGGCGGCUCGCUCCGACGCUUCCUGUUCGACCCCGAAAAACGGCUGCCGUGGCGGUGGCGCGCCGAGGCGGCGCUCGCCAUCGCACGGGGGCUCGAGUACCUCCACGACGGCUGCAGCGCCCCGAUCAUCCACUGCGACAUCAAGCCCGACAACAUCCUGCUGGACGGGCAUGGCUUGCCAAGGAUCACCGACUUCGGCAUCUCCAAGCUGCUGGGGACGCAGCAGGUGCACACCACGGUCACCAAUAUCAGGGGCACCAGAGGGUACAUCGCGCCGGAGUGGCUCCGCAGCGAGGCGCGUGUCGACACCAAGGCAGACGUGUACAGCUUCGGCGUGGUCCUGCUGGAGAUGAUCAGUUGCCGGAGGUGCCAGGACCCGGUGGAGGGAGCGGAUUCCGACGAUGAGACGGUCACGCUGUUCGGGUGGGCGGCGCAGCUGGUGGGCGCGCGGAGGGUCGAGCUCAUGCUGGUGGAUGGCGACACUGCCGAUGAUGUGGAGGAAACGGAAAGGGUGGAGCGGUUCGCGCGCGUGGCACUUUGGUGUAUCGAGCCCAACCCGGCGCUACGGCCCACCAUGCACCUGGUGGUGCACAUGUUGGAGACCACUGAACGCGUGGCUCAGGUUGAGGCGCUACCAGCGGACCCUCCCAGCUGUUACAUGGAAUCCUCACCUUUAAUAGUAAUUCCUCAGCUCAAGAUUGAAUGAGAUGAGAUGUUAAAAACCCCAGCAGUUUUCUGACUAUGACACGGAGUGUAGAAUUGCUUGGAUCAGUUCCCUCUCUUACCUCUGUAUCCCAUCUUAGCAAACUCGUGUAUUUCCGUUUCUCUAUAAAUGAAAAUGGGGUUUGAUCU